AUGACGACAAAGAUGGCAUCUCCAGAAGCCACCUUUCCUAUCGGUAAUUCAGAACAUGAACUGUUUAGCCCUGAUUUAACUCCCGAACGUAUCGGCAAACUCAACAACUCUUGGAGCAUGGAGUUGAGCCCCAUCGCCCUCAGCCGAGACGACGCUCACACAUUGGAUGAUGGCUCUCCUCCCUUCGAGGAAGAAUCCAAAGAACAUGAGCAUAUCAAUCCAUUCUCGGAGCCAGUACUAAAGGAUCAGGAGUCAAAAAUGUCAAACACAUUGCCGUCCGAAGAAGAAAAAUCAAAUGCAAGAGAUGUGGUGACAACAUCAGAUUCUCUUCAACAGCACCACAACGGCCCCAAAGAAAGACUAAGCAAGAAAGACUCCAACCCGUCUUGGUUUUUGAGUUCCGACACGACAUCCCCCCUCUCAACAUCCAGUGAGUUUUCCUUGGAAAUGGUGACGCCUACUGCUACUGAAGGAGACGAGAACACUGUUAGCAGCGCCGUUCCAACCUCCAAAAUAAGUUCGAGCAGAGAACAUAACAACGAUGCGCACUUCAAGAAACUUGCCAAAAAGCCAUCUACAGAGACAGUUGUGCAGUCUCCUUCAAACUGUUUUGAUUUGGAAGACGAAACGAGACAAGUUGCUAGCAGCGCCGUUCCAGCUUCUCAAAUAAGUUCGAACAAAGAACAUAACAACGAUUCGCCCUCCAAGAAACUUCCCAAAGAGACAGUUGUGCAGUCUCCUUCAAAAUGUUGCGAUUUGGAGCAUGAAACGAGACAAGCUGCUUCAGGUCGUCGCGGCGAGGCGUUGGCCAUCAGGUCAAUUGUUGGUGACCGUGAUAAACCCGACACAGCAGAACACGACAGCGAGGCUGUCACUACAAACACUAAUGAACACGGAAGCAAUGAUGCUGCAAAAUCCAAUCAAUAUCUACAAAGCAAUGAGAGGUCAUCCAUACUCGAGCACAGUGAGCCAUCGCGAUCGAGUCAAGCGGAAGGACAAGACCACAAUGCUGAGACUACUAGUACUGUUGCAAAUACCGGUACCAUUGAGCCCAAAUCGCAGAAUAGACUGUCAUUUUCACCAUCGAAGCUGCUAGAUGAAUCAACUCUACAACAUCCAGAUACGAGCUCUCUGAUUGACGACGCAACAAAGAAAGUAAAGAGAUUCAUCCAUGAGCUCUCGAUUCUUAGCUUGUCUCCGCACAGAAGGAAUAGCAACGGACGAACGCCGAGCCGUACGACUGACAACAACCGAAGCGAAUUGAAAGAGCGGAAGGAGGGACUUUCAGCAAAACUGCAGACCCCAGACAGGGAAGAAAGCCAUUAUCAGUCUCCAUCCCAAAAACAUGAUUCGAUGCACGGCGUCUACGGCAGUCCUUUGCACAAGCAGUCUGAAAUGUGGUGUUCACCCAGUCGAAAUAAUGCUUCUUCUUCCCGCAUCGACUCUGGGGAGGAUGGGGCUCUUGGCACUCCAGGGAAACAAGAUUACAACGGGACCAAGCAACAGCUCGUAGCCACAUCCUUUGAUUUUAUUCAAAAGAUCAGUGGCGCAGCAAAGGCUCGCACUCGCAAGAUCACUCGGUCCAGAGACUCAUUGGUUGCAAAGGUGCGAGAUCAUCAAAAGGCGCAAGAGCAAGAAAAUGAGCUUGCUGCAGCAUCGAACGGGGUCAGUCCACAAGCCCAGUCCAAAGUGCAAGACAAGGGCUUCAAGCAAGCGUCGACGUCGUUCAAAGCCAAACCAGUUCCCGUCAGAAACAAAGAGAGAGGAGGGCUGAGGGGAGUACCUCUCGUGACGAAGAAGUCAGUUACAGUCCCCUCGUCCCCACUUCUCGGUUCACGUCGCCCCAAUCCUCCAAAGGUCAAAGCCCUAAAACAACCAACUGCAAAGCCCCGACCCUUGGAAAUACGGGAAACAAUAGGUCAGAACAAGAGGAAGGAAAACCCGUCACUGAGCGAAGGAUUCAAGGCGCGCCCAGUGCCGUCGACUACCGGCGACCUGGGAAAAGGCGGCCAGUCAGGUGUCCCAAAAGUGCCAAAGCGACCUGUGACUGUCCCUCGAUCGCCUUGUUUGGGUCCACGAAGAAGACAAUCAUCGAUCGUUGGUGGAAAAGAAAACCAGACGCAAUCGAAGAGACCAUCAAUAGCGGCCUCGACCAACACGAAAGCUUCCCCAAUGUCCAUGUCUUCAGUUAGCGAUGCGUUGCUCGGAUUGGACUUUUUGAGCACAAAGUCAGCUUUCGAGCAUGAAAUGACGCCUACCAAAACACCAAAACAAUCGAGGAACGUUGGUUUUGUGCCUCGAAGUACUCAGAGAGCAAGGAAACGAGCCGAGUUCGAGGCGCGAAGAGCUAUCAAUGAACAGCUCAGAAUAGAAGAAGAGAUCAAGCGGAGGCAACAAACUGUCCGCACCAUGUAUGGGGAGCUUGAAACACUCAGGGACAUCAUAUGA